AACCUAAGAAAACCAGUUUCUUAAUGAUAACAAAAAAAAAACAACAAAAAACAUGUAAGGGAAAAUUACUAGAAGAAAGUCAUUACGAUAAAUUUGUGUUCUCGCCAUUUUCAUAAUCACUUGAAACUAAUUCAGCAUGAGUGAAAAAAAAUAUUUUAAUAUUCCUGAUGAUUGGGAAUACAGGGGAGAAGGAAACUGCCAUUUAGUAUUAGGCCUUCCAAAAAUGAAAACAGUGCUCCGCAUCCGUAAAAAAGACAAACCCAAAAACAUAAUGCAAUGGUUCUUAUAUUUAGUAGGAAAUUAUCUACCGUGGUGGAAAAAAGAUGGAGAAGCUGCAGAGCGCAGAGAUUUAAAUUUAUACUUGAGGGUAAUGAGGCCUUUUUUCGGAUUGAGUUUUACGGCAAACGCGUUAUAUGUAAGAUUGUCUAAAAAACAGAUGAAGAAGAUUGAAUCUCAAUUGGAUAAUCUUCGGCCAGAUUUCAGGAAGUGUAAAGUCCUUGAUAUUGAAAGAGCCUGUUUGUUUGAAGAUUUAACUUAUAUGACUCCUGAAGUUGCAGAUAUUUACUCAAUUGAGAUCAAACCUAAAAAAGCUUGGGCUCCAGCCACCGAAAGAGAAUUUCCAGAAUGUAUAUUUUGUAUGAAUCAGUAUCUAAAACUUAAAAACGGAAAGAUAUCUAAAAGAAGCAAAUAUUGUCCUAAAGAUCUUUUCUCAGGAGAUGAAUAUAAAAUGAAGAAAGCUAUAUCAGCACUCAUUGCUGAUCCCCAAAAUAAUUUCAGAAUUUUCAAAAAUGGUCGAAUAGUGUAUGAUGAAAAUAAAACUGAGAAUGAAGUGGAUCCAAUUCUUGAGGAACUUUUCGAUGAUCAUGUAGAAAAUAGAGAAGAGAUGAUUAAUGAAUUCGUUCAUAUGAUUUACAAAUGUCUAACAAAGCCAAUGGCGACUAAAACAAAAUGUACAGCUCAGGCUUUCUGCGUCUGGGAUUUGGCACUACAUGGUCGAGAUUUACCAAAAGGAUGUGUACUGGAAAAAAUCCUAUCUGCGCAAAUGAUAGAUAUGGAAGGGGCUUCAUUUUAUAACAAUUUAUUGAAUGAUAAUUGCCCUGACUGGGAUUAUAUAGAGAGAUUAAUGGAAAACCUAGAUUUAACUGUUUGUGUUAAAUGUUUUUUACGUGCAUUGUCUUAUAGUCGACGUAUCACGAAUGAUUCUUAUGGAGUGGCUGUAUAUAUAAUUUCUGCCAUUGCUAGUGACUGCUCCGUUAUGCUUACCAUGAAUAGGAAAACAAAUCAAGAAAAUAUAGUCGAAGAAGCAGAAAAUAAUAUUGUAACUACCAAGUAUGGAUCGUAUCAGGUGAAGAUAGGAGUGUUGGAUCUCGGUCCAAAACCUGCAUCUACCAUAACAAAACAUCACUUGCGAAAUAAAGAAUUAUUAGCGUUAAUGUUAGAAAAUGGAAAGAAGUGAUAUAUUUAAUGUUGUGAUAUUUAUAAACUAUUCAAUUUAUAUUUUGUUUUAAAUUUCAGAUUACAAAUACUUUUAUUGCUCUA